CAUUUGACAGAACGUGACAACAGAAAAUUGUUGAAAAUCAUCUUUUAAUCGAAUUUUAUCAGUGUUUAAUUAUUGCUUAAAGAAACAUGUCUAGAGGAAGCAGUGCAGGUUUCGAUCGACACAUAACCAUCUUUUCACCAGAAGGCCGCUUGUAUCAAGUAGAGUACGCAUUCAAAGCUAUUAACCAAGCCGGGCCUACAUCAGUAGCUGUUCGAGGCACAGAUGCUGCAGCAUGUGUGACCCAGAGGAAGAUCCCCGAUAAAUUAGUUGAUCCAAGUACAAUAACUCAUCUAUUCCAGCUCACAGAACACACUGGAUGUGUUAUGACUGGUAUGAUUGCUGAUAGUAAAUCUCAGGUGCAGAGAGCUAGGUAUGAAGCUGCUCAAUUUAAGUAUAAAUACGGAUACGAAAUGCCUAUUGAUGCUCUAUGUAGAAGGGUAUCCGAUAUUUCUCAGGUUUAUACUCAAAAUGCUGAAAUGAGACCAUUAGGAUGUUCCAUGCUGCUAGUAGGUUAUGAUAAAGAGAUGGGUCCUUGUGUCUAUAAAGCUGAUCCUGCAGGUUAUUACUGUGGGUAUAGAGCAGUAGGUGUAGGAUCUAAACAAACCGAGGCUAACAGUUACUUGGAGAAGAAACUGAAGAAAAAAACAGACCUGGGAAAGGAAGAAGUAAUUCAACUAGCCAUCAGUUGCCUUUCUAGUGUUCUCUCAGUUGAUUUUAAGCCUACCGAGGUAGAAGUAGGCGUUGUAACGAAGGAUGAGCCUAAAUUUAGAAAAUUAACUGAACAAGAAAUAGAUCACCACUUGACUGCUAUUGCUGAGAGAGACUAGAAAUUUAAUUUUUGAAUAUACUUUUUAUUUUGGAUUGGAAAAUUUCAUUAUAAGUAUUAAUUUAAUAAAAUUUAAUUGAUCUUUAUGAUA